CUGGCAGCUUCUUGCAGGCUUGUGGAAUCACAGGGCAAUGUAGCAAAGGAUCCACUAAUAUUUUGGUUUAAUGGUGGCCCAGGUUGUUCAUCGAUUCAAGGAUUGCUUCUAGCGUUCGGCCCAUUUCAUGUUAAGAACGACGGGAAAACACUUGUGAAAAACAUUUACUCAUGGAAUAAGUUGGCAUCGAUCGUUGUUAUAGAAUCACUGCCCGGAGUUGGCUAUUCCUAUGAAAUUAGUGAAGAAGAAUACCCGUACAGUGAUGAUAAGCAGGUAUUCAUUCUAUGGGGCAUUUUCUUGAUGCUCAUUGAAAAGAAUUUUCAUGAGGGAAAAGUUUAA